CCCGAAGCGCUGCAGGAACCGCUGCUGCCCCAAUCCUCCAAAGCAUUGGACUACCGUGGACACGGCCCGGAUAGGACUGGAUACGGCGAACAUUUACGCUUCGGAGACCAGAGACAGAGGAAGGGAGGAAAGCUCGCGGGACUAGCCGGGCAGCGCAUCAUCCUCUCCGGCGUAGGACUGGCUGUCGAGUCGCAUGGAGAAGAGGUAUGAAGAGCUGGUGCACUAUUCGGGGUCGGAGGGCAUGUCGGUGGCGGGGUACGGCGACGCUGUGAGGCCGGUUCCUCCCCCACAGUACGGAUCCGCCAUCCCUGACUCCCUCAAACACCACAGAGACCAGAUCUAUGGUCACCCGCUGUUCCCAUUGCUGGCCUUAGUGUUUGAGAAGUGUGAGCUUGCCACCUGCUCCCCUCGAGACUCCGCCUCCCUCUCAGGCACCUCCCACCUCCCUGGCAUGACCAAUCACAGCGAUGUCUGCUCCUCCGACUCCUUCAACGAUGACAUCGCCGCAUUUGCCAAACAGAUUCGCUCUGAGAAGCCAAUAUUCUCCUCCAAUCCUGAGCUGGACAACUUGAUGAUCCAGGCCAUACAGGUUCUUCGCUUUCAUCUGCUGGAGCUCGAGAAGGUGCAUGACCUGUGCGAUAACUUCUGCCAUCGCUACAUCACCUGUCUGAAGGGCAAAAUGCCCACAGACCUGGUCCUGGAUGAACGGGAGGGCGGGUCCAAGUCAGAUAUGGAGGAUUUCACUGGCUCCUGCACCAGCCUGUCAGAACAGAAUGCAUCAUGGUUACGUGAGCCAGAUGAAUGUGCCACUACUCCUCUGGGAACACCAGGCACCUGUGGCCUACCUUCACACAGCACAGCAGACAACUGCAGUGACACAGGCGAUGGUCUGGAUGGAGGUGUGGCCUCCCCCAGUACAGGCGAGGAGGACGAGACAGACAGAGAAAGGAGGAACAACAAGAAAAGAGGGAUCUUCCCCAAAGUGGCCACCAACAUCAUGAGAGCAUGGCUCUUCCAGCACCUAGCGCACCCGUACCCGUCGGAGGAGCAGAAGAAGCAGCUGUCACAGGACACAGGACUGACCAUCUUACAGGUCAACAACUGGUUCAUCAACGCCAGGAGGAGAAUAGUUCAGCCCAUGAUUGACCAGUCCAAUCGCUCAGGUCAAGGCGGGCCCUACAGCCCAGAGGGAGCAGCUCUAGGAGGCUACGGGCUCGAUGGACAGGCCCACCUCGGGCUCAGAGCCGCAGGUCUCCAGGGCAUGUCUUCUCUGCCAGGCGAAUACCCCAGCGCUCUGCUGUCCCAGCCAGGCUACGCCCCGCACCCGGGACCCUCUCUGCACCCCUACCCAGGCCCACACCCGCACCCUGCCAUGCUGCUCCACCCCCCGCCGCACACACACCCCGCAGAGCCACUGCUAGCGCAGGGACUGGACAUACAUGCACACUAGCUGCCGGAGGAAGGGGGGCGGGUGUGUGUGUGUGUGCGUGCAUGUGUCUGUGUGUGUGCGUGUUUGCGUGUGUGCGUGCGUGCCUGUGUGUGUGUGUGUGUGUGUGUGUGUGCAUGCCUGUGUAUGUGUAAUGACGCAUACAGUACACUAUUUAGAAGAAAAAGACACAUUGCUCUGAAAGUUUACAUUCCCCCUGAAAGACACUGACCUCAAUGUAGCUGCUCACAUUCUCCACUUCCUCACACACACACACACACACACACACACACACUAACACAGACACAGCCGGAACCUGUAGGUUUAAGCCAUACUGUUUUCAGAGUAGAAGUGCUUCCUCCUUCCCAAACCCUCCACUGUGUCCUUGUGGGCAAGACACACGCUUUAAACUACGCUUCCCAUCAUGCCUGCUGAUCCACGAGAGCAAAAUGGACAAGCCGAUGGGCAGACGCAGACACCAGUCUGCCGGUCCCACCGCCCACCCCCGCGCUGUUUGAUCAGAUGUGACCGAAGACUUCACCACAGCCCAGGGAUGUUUUAUUGGAUGGAACUUGAGCUUCUGACCACGCCUUCUUCACUGCUCCCUGUCUUCCUGCACGCAUGACUGUCAAAGAUACACACACACACACAUACACUCACAUACACACUUUAUUUAAAGCUGAUUUGAGUUUUUUCUUAAUCUAUUUUUCUAUUUAUGCUUGCCACUUCGGGCAGACGCGGCUUCACGUGAGCUUGUUUUGAAUAUUAGUGCUCUUCCUCAGCAUGUGAAGCUACUGUAAACACGAUGAAUGACUCCCAGUCUGCCUCGCUCUCGUACCACUUACCUCCUGAAGAUGCCAAGAGGUCACCUUUGCAUCUUUUGUACACACACACACCACCACACCACCACAUGCACACGUCAACACACACGGUCGAUGCAAAGCCAUGUAAACAAACACACACACACAUACACAGACACGCAUACCCACAUGCACACACACACACACACACACACACACACAAACCUCUGCAAGCAUUUGUAAUAUGUUUUUGUCUGUCGCCGGGGUGCGAGGGGAGCUGCAGCCAAAGGACUCUUCUAAACAUUCUGCUCCCUCUCCGCUCUGUAUCCUGUCCUCUGUACUGGUCAGACUGCAGAAAAUUUCUGAAUGAC